ACCUCCCUGCCAGCCUCCCUGCCAGCCAUGGGUCUCAGCCCGCUCCUGCUGCUGCUCCUGGGACUAGCAGGCCAGGGCUCGGCCGACAGCCUCCCCGAGGUGUUGCGGGCACCGGUGGGGAGCUCCAUCAGGGUGCAGUGUCUCUACCGGCCCCACGACCUCAGGGCUCGGAAGGUGUGGUGCCGGUUCUCGCAGGGGUGGUGCCAGCCCUUGGUGUCUUCGGUGGUGGACCGCGGAGCCCCAGGGCACAGCCGCACAUUCCUCACGGACAUGGGCAGCGGCCUGCUCCAGGUGGAGAUGGUUUCCCUGAGGGAGGAGGACGCUGGGGAGUACAGGUGCAUGGUGGAGGGGAGCACCGGGUCCCAGACGGUGCACAGGGUGUCUCUGGACAUCCUCCCUGAAGCUCCUGGCCUGAAGGAGGAGAAGCACCCUUCCUCAGACCCCACGGGCACGGCCAGCCCUCCGGAGCCCAGCCUGCAGCAGCACAGCAUCCUCUUGAUCUGGGGCUCAGUGGCCCUGCUGGGCUUGCUGGUGGUGGCAGUGGUGUUGUUCGAUGCGAUGGCCAAAAGGAAAGGGAACAGGCUUGGAGUCUCCGGCCGAUCGCAGGACAGCGGAGUUCCAGGCAUGGCGCCCUCCUCCGGGGACCGCGUGGACAGUGCGGGGCCGGCUGCAGAUGCGCCGUUGGAAGUACCACAUGUGAGGCUCAACCGCCUGCCUUCCUUCGACGAUAUCACCUACACCAGCCUACCUCCUGAGCCCCUAUCAAGGAAACCCCCACCCCCAGCCCCAUCCUCAGUGCCCCCUCUGCCUCCUAAGGUUCUGACCCACUCCAAGAGUGUGACAUAUGCCACAGUCAACUUCCAUGGAGGGGACAGGGGUGGAGGGGCCUGCUGAGAGCCAGCCCAGGUCCUCCUCAGGCCAGACUCCAUCCGGCCGGCUGCUCACCACACUGUGUGCCCAGAGACCACCCGGGUUCUCUCUGCCAUCCACCCAGCAGCCCAAGCCCUACAUGUCCUUAGUAUAUCAGAGCACCCAGGGACUUCAGGAUCUACUGUAAUGCCUUGACUUUCUGACCUGCAGUGAAGCUGGGUGUGAUCCAGGUGUCUGGGAUCCUCCCACGCCAUUAAACCAUGGGCUAAAUAAAGUCUAAAUGCUGACAUAUGCACCCUGGUGGUGAGGGGAAGGGAAGCCCGAGCGCGACUAUUUACACGACUUGAGGACAGCACAGACCAGUCUGGGGCUGGUGCCGCAUGGGCGCCUGCCCGGCCUGCGGGGGGAGGGGCUUCACUGCCCCGUCUGGACACCGCCGUGCUGUUUGACUCAAGGGGCACCAAGAAGGCUUUUCCAAAAGUAUUUCCUGCCUGUCUCCUGAUACCCGAAAGCAUAGAUCCAUUUCCUCAAGUCUAGAAAUGUUUUCUGCUUCCGCUGUACACCUUGUAAACAAGCGACAUCUUCUGACGUGACAACAUAUGAUGGGAGGAGGGGACAAUGCUUAAUCGAAGGAGACUCAGGACAGGGGUGUGGGAGAGGGCUGAAAAGAAACAGGAACAGGGGGAAGUGGAAACACGCCUCGGUAUUGCUCCUCGGGGGACCAAGGACUCCACGCCUCAGGAGCAGCUCCUCGCAGACGCCCAGUGGAGCUGCUGUCAGCCCAGGAGCCGUCUGGAAGCACUGCGCCCUCGGCCGGCUUGGGCGGAGCCCAGGGAGAAAAGGCUGGGGGAGCGGAGUGGCCAAGUGUAAAUGAAAGCUCAUCUAGGCUGGGGUGAGAGGGCCUUUAUCUCUGCCAGGAUUUCUCCUGAAACAGUUCAAUCUGAAAACAUUUGCCCAUAUCGAGAGGAGAGACUUAGAGGAUGAGGCGCUUGGAAUCCAGUUGUCUUACAGUCACAGAGAGCGAGGCAUAAAGAGGUGCCCCAUCCGGAGGGCCCUGAGCUUGGUCUAGGCCCCUCAGGGGAAGGGAGGGCGCAGGGGCUGUGCCCUGGGCUCCCCAGCUGUGUAAGCCUGGUGAUGCUAUUUUUAGGGUGCUCUGGCAGGAUGUUCUGAGCUUUGCUGAUAGAGUCUCAGUCUGUGACAGAACCUAAAUUUACUCUGUCCCCUGUGAAGGCAGCAGCUGUCCACCAAUCAAUAAAGCCCUCCUUUUUC